GCUGGUCAAUGGUCUCUGGUAAGUUUGUCUAAUUAAAGAUCCAAAUAGACAAAGACAAGGCAGAAUUCCGGCUGACACCGUUCAGUGACUGUCCAAGUGGCACACAACGUCGCCAUGCGUCGCACAAGGCAGCACAACGUCAGACUGUACGCGGCUCUAAUAUGGUUUGGCCUGAUCUUGGGCCUAAAUCCGCUGCGAUCCGCACACGGCCUGCUGUUGUUUCCUGCCAGCACGGUGAUACAAAUAACCUCCUCGAUAUCGAUACCGCUGGAUCUGCCCACGCGCACCAAAGUCUUCAUGGACAUGGGCUUUCAGAUGAACUACAACUUGCCCUAUCAGCUGUCGUCCUUCUACAACUCGGCCAUUUGGGCGGAUGAGCUGGCGCGACGCCAGAAGCGUCAGUUGGGUAACCAAACAGAGCUGCAGAGUGGAUUCCAUCCGAGUGACUUCACGGCAGGACAGCUGUACGCGGGCUUGGAGCACAUGCUGCAGAGCUAUGGCUACCACAGGUCCUGUCUGCUGCGCAGUGUCUGCGAGCUGUCGCUGCAUCCCUUUGCCGAGGAUCACAGCUACGGGCUGGUCACUCAAGUCAUAACCUUUCUGCUCACACCCUCGCAGCACGAAGGCUUUGCGGCUGGCGAGCAGCUCUAUCGCGAGAGCUAUGAGCGUGCGGAGCAGCUGGGCUUCCUGGGCGGCGACUGUCAGCGUGAAUAUUCCGAUUGUGCGAUAGAUAUCGUAAAUCUAAUCACGCGCAUAGUCAGAUGAAAUAAACUUUGGUUUUAGUUUAA